AUGUCAAGCACUCAAUCUUCCGACAGUCCGGCCACUUCCACAGAUCCGGACACGGAAUCGUUGGUUGCGAGCACACCAGCAAACUCGGAAGCGUCUAACAGCAGCAACAGCACCAGUGAACCAACAGCAGUAGAGAUUGCGAUAGCGGCUCAUCUGGAGCGGGUCGUGUACGAUAUCAGAGAUGCCAUGAACACACGGAACUUUCAGCGGGAUGCUCAUCCUUGGAAUCUGUUCAUGGCGGCUUACAAGUGUGAGGCUGUGGCAUAUAUGUCGAAACCUCAGGUCGGCAUGACGGAAUUUCUGCGGGAUCAUGAGAGGUUGUCGAGGGACCAUCCGCAGAUACAUUACCACUUUCAAGAUGUCAGCACACAUGUUGAUCCGGACGCCAUCAGAGCUGAUUGCCUCAUCAACGAAGAGACGACAGGCUGGCCGCCGGGAGUCACGAGACGCAGUGUUGGUGUGUGCAAGUUCAAGCUUGUUAGUGGAGUGUGGCGAUGCAUUGGCUAUUACAAUAGUAGAGGCAUUGAUGCUGAUUGA